CUCCAGCCCAACGCCCCUCAGCCUUCUGAAUGGUGGGACGAGCGAAGGUAAGAAAAGCAUGUGGCGGCUACAUAUAUACUGCUGCAGAUGCCCAGAAAGUUCAUGCUUUUCUCGAACUCAACAAUACCCUUUGGUCAACGCCUCCGAAACUGCUCACCGCACAUUGUGUGCCCCACCAUGACCUGCCCUUACGCUUCGAAUCUUGUCCUCAUCACGGGCGUCACGGGGCAUGUUGGCUUCGGAGUCCUGGUCCAUGUUCUCAGUGCAGGAUAUUCUGUCCGCGCUGCCGUACGUUCUUCAGAAAAAGCCAAAACUAUCCGUUCUCAUCCUUUGAUCAACGCCCUUGACCCAGGCGUGCGGUUAACAUUCAUCAUUGUCCCCGAUCUAUGCAAAACAAAUGCUUACGACGAAGCCGCUCGAGGUGUCGACUAUGUAAUCCAUAUCGCGUCGCCACUGAUGAGCAAUCAAAUACCUCCCCCUGACGACCAAGAUGCCUUCUUCAUCAAACCUGCUGUCCGCGGAACACUGAACAUUCUCGAGGCUGCGAAGAAGAACAGGACCGUAAGGAGGGUCGUGAUAACAAGUUCGAUAACAGCACUUAUUCCCUUCUCAGAAGUGAACGGGUCCCAACGCUGCUCGACAUGGAUAUCGCCUAUGGAUCGCAUCCCCUUCGUCCCUGGGCCGUACGCAAAUGAAUUCGAGGCAUACGCUGCCUCGAAAGUAGCGGCACUACAAGAAGCGGAGGCAUGGAUGGCAACGCACCAACCGCAUUUCGAUGUUGUCCACCUACACCCAUCCUUUGUCGAGGGGCGCAACGACCUUGCCCUGCACACGCGCGAGGUUCUGAAAGGCACGAAUGCAAUUAUACUCAGCAUUGCGCUUGGCAAGCAGUUCGAUCACUCUACAAUGGGGGCUACAGUGCAUCUUGAGGAUGUGGCGAGGGUACACGUGCAGGCGCUCGAUGAGUUGGUUCCAGGGAAUGCCAGCUAUAUCCUCAGUCAGAACACCGAAUGGGAUGAGGUGAGGGAAAUCGUUAGCAGAAAUUUCCCCGAGGCGGUUGAAAGGGGGUUACUGCCCAACUCUGGCUCAGCAAUCACACAUCCAGUCUUCAUCGAUUCGUUUUCGUCGGAGGAGAUAUUUGGAUUUCGACACACAGGGUUGGAGGAGCAGGUCAAAAGUGUUGUGGGUCAUUAUUUGGAACUACGGAAUACUCAAAAGAAGAUGUCGUCUCGAAGAUAGAGAUUUGUGCAUGUGUUUUAGCCUUUGAAUGUUCUAUUAGCGCUGGAGUUGGGAAAGGGAAACGCGCUGGCACAUUUGGGAGUAAACCUGGAAAAUGAUACCCGGCAACUCAAUACAUUAUUGUUGCGAAUUCCAAAUUAUUUCAACGUUCCUAAGAUCCCUCAAAAUGUUCAUUGAUUCCAGAGAGCAGGGCCAUAUCCUCUAUCUUACAAAUGACUAAAAAACACUCGGAGGUGAGAAAGGAAAUUCAGAGAAGAGCGACCGGUCAGGUGACAUAAACGGGCUAGAAUCGAAUUUGAAAAAUUCAAGAAGAGUCAAUCUCAUUCGGUAGACGAGACAGUUUCCCAUUGCG